AUGCUAUCGAAUCAUUUGCAAAAUGGAAUGGAGACUGAAAACUUGAACUUAAUCCGACAAAUGAACGAAAAAAUCGUAAAAUAUGCUCUCCUAGGGGCUGCUUCUUUUCUUGGUGGCUCGAUGCGGAUGACUGUUUCUCUCUGUGUGAUUAUGGUUAUCUAUUUCCCUCGUGUCAUGAAGGUUGUGGAUGUGCUUUCUAUUUUGAGGAGCAACAAUCACAAUGGUUUCCCUGUAAGCUUCGGAGUUUGCUCUAUCUUCUUAGCCGCUCGACUGACGAAUUUUAUUCUUCUUUUGCCUUCAAAGUCAUUGAUCACACAAGAAGUGGAGAACACUUGUAAUUGUCAUUUGCUGGUACUUCUGCAGUCAAAGGUCGACUUUCAGCAUAGUCCAUUGCCGUUUAAUUCAGGAGAUGGACCCGUGCAAAUCAGGCAUAAUCUGACAGAAUUUGUUAAGCCCGUUUCUAAGACCCUCACGAUGACAAACGACCGUCUAGGAGGAAAAUGGCGGGUGAAGAAGCACUACUUGAUCGUUUUCUUGAAGAAGAUGAGAUGA